AUGGCCCCGGCCAUCCUCCUCUCCGACGUCAUCCUCUCGGCAGCACGCCAAGGGGCCGUCGAGGGGCCUCUUGCCGAAGCUCGUCGGCUCCUUAGGCGUGGAGCCCCCUCCCGCGGAGACCCCUCCCGCGGCGUCCUCGACCCGCACGACAUAAGCAACGUCGGCUUCUUCGUCCUCUUCGCCAUCAUCGGCGUCGCCUUCAUCAUCACCGGCAUCUGGUUCUUCUUCUGGGCCAAGAACGGUGGCUUCCACUUUCAGGAGAAGGAUUGGGAUGACUACAAGACGACGGUGCUGCGACGCCGUGGUCCCAACGGCACCCUGCUCUCGGGCGCCACCGAGUCGACCGAUCUGGGCGGCGGAAGCGUCUACAAGGACGUGCGCGACGAUGACGCCGGCACCGUCAUGACCGAGAACACGGCAUUGAGCGGCAUCACCGCCGGAGCGAGCGACAUUGCGGCAAGGAAGAAGCGCGAGGAGAAGCGUGCCCAGCGGGAGAGGGAGAGGCGCAAGAGGCGUGCAGGGAAGAACACGACGGCGCGGCACGUCGGUGACGCCGGUGUCAUCGACGAGAUGGCAGAAAAGGAUGCGCGCGACGAGUUGCGCCAGUACCGCCACGAGAGACCUGCCCGCGUUGGCGGCUUGAACAAGGAAUCCGAGGGCUCUCACUGGGAUGGCUCGACGAACCCGACCGAGUCGACGGCCUCGUCCGAGCUGCUUUCCAACCGUCAGACGACGCCGACGACGACGCCGACCAAGAAGCCGGCCGGUGCCGCCAUUCGGAAGGUCUACUCGACCGCCGACCGAAACGCCGAGCGUGAGGCGGAACGCAUCCGCGCCGAGGCACGUCGCCUUCGCGACGAGAGCCGGUCCGCGCGCCGCGACUUUAGCUAUCAGAAGCCCGGCAGUGCCGCGAGCGCCAUCACCGAGAGCCUUCUCGAGUCCAACGCGGAGAGCGGCGACCUGGGCACCAAGAGCUACCAUCACCCGAUGCCGGAGCUGCGAGCGAGGGACCGCGAGCGUGAGAGGGAGGAGAGGCGGGCGCGAAGGGGAGGGUACAGGCGGGGCCAGGAAGGUGAUGACCUUUGA